GCGCCUCGUGCGCUGGGUUCCGCCGCACAUUGGCACCUGGGCUGAAAGAGAGAGAGAGCGCGCGAAAUAUACCAUUUUUUCUUCUUCUUCUGAGCAGGCUCUUUCUCUUCCUCCUUAGCGAGCACCGCCUCGAGAAGGUCCCCGCCUGCUCGCCGGGUUGCAUUUUCCCGCCUUGCUGUAGAAGCGGCCACAGGGAUCUUUGGUCUGGUAGGAAAGGCGAUGUUUUAAAGCUUUUAAUGUUUAACAGACCACUGUAUUUUAAUAUUUUGUUGGAAGCCGACCAGAGUGGCUGGGGAAACCCAGCCAGAUGGGCGGGGUAUAAAUAAAUUAUUAUUAUUAUUAUUAUUAUUAUUAUUAUUAUUUAAAGGCUGCGAUAUUCCACAAUCCCCUCUUAGGGCAACAGCUUCUUUAGGGCAGCCAAUACGUCCUCGAAGUAGCUUCAUAUUACUUGGUAGUUGGGGGGGGACACAUUAUUUUGCUUAUUGUUUCCUUUAUUGUUUGUGCACCGCUAAUGUUUUUUAUUACUAUUGGGGGAGACUGGGGGGGUGGGCCUUGUUUCUCCAAUAUGUUGCAUGGCAUCAGGGGUGCCAACUUGAAUAAAAUAUUGGCGGGAGGUAAGCCCCACCCCCACAUAAUUGAGCAUGUGACAUGGCACAUGCACACCAUUUGAAUGCAAUGGCCAUCAACUUUGGGGGGGCCCAGCCCCCUCAAAUAUUUUAUUGGGAGGGGCAAAGGGGCCUCGACCCCUAGGUUUUGGCGCCUAUGCAUGGAAAAUUAAUGUGCUAUUUAUUUAUCUGUUUGUUUAUUUCAUAAAAUGUAAUACACCGCUUGCUUUAAGAAAAAGAAAAAGCCUCAACGUGCUUCACAAAAGGUAAAACUAUCAAAUCAAUAAAAAAUCACAACCCUACUUUAAAACAUACAAAGGUUAAAUACUUAAACCGAUUGAAAUUACCUCAACUUUCUAAAACGUCUGGAUCAGCUUGUUGAAACAAGAAUGUUUUUAACAGGCGCUGAAAAUAGUAGGGUGAAGGCUUCUACUUGAUCUAAUAGGCCGUUUUGAAGUGCAGGUGCUGCCAUACUAAGCAAUUGAGUUCUUGCAAAUUGCAGAAUGGGUAUUAUAUGGCACCUGUAGUGGUGCCAAUUCCGUCUAUCGAAGCAGUUAAGUGGGCACAUGUAGGGUAUAGUGAUCUCACAUGUAAACUGGUCCCAAGUUGUUAUGGGCUUUAUAUGCUAAUAGUAACAUGAUUCCCCUCCCUUUCUAUGGUAUAAUGUAGUUGUGUUAUAUUUCAAUGUACAUGUUUUGGAUACUUUUUGGCUGGCAAGCAACUAAUAAAGCUUAACAAAUAAUAAUGAUGAUUUUGUGAUAUAUGGAUUGGUGUGGUGAAUAAAUUGGCUCCAAGAAAGAUUUUGUGGUCUUUCUAAUGGGCCAAUAAGCCUGCAUUUAUUUUCCACAACCACCUUGUGGGGUAGGUUAGGCUGAGAAACUGACAAUGGUCAGAGCUGGGUGGGGAUUUGAACCCUAAUCCCCCAGUCCAGCACUUUGACAAGCAUACCACAUUGGCUUUAUGUGGGCUUCUGAAGAGCGGUGGCUCCCAUAAGUCCCACUGCGCCUUCCACACCUGUUGUUAAAUCUGCUAGCUGUUGUAGUCUGCUAAGCUUCAUUGAUUCUGAGCACACAUUAUCUGCUGCUGGUCUCCUUGCCUUUGUAGAGCUUAAAGCAUGCUGACAACAAAAGUAUUCACUCUGGUCCUGGUGGUGCAACCACGGCGAGUCUUGCUGGGCAUGAAAAAACGUGGAUUUGGGGCUGGGCUCUGGAAUGGAUUUGGAGGGAAGUUGCAGCCUGGCGAGACAGUUGAGCAGGCAGCAAAAAGGUAAGACAUGACACCAGGCCAACACAGGUCUUCCUAGUGCCUGUAAUAGAUGGUUUAUUCAUUAUAGGCAUGUUUUAAAUAUUAUUUACAGAAAAUACAGACAUUCAGUCAUAUAAACAAUAACAUUUAAAAAUAUACAUUUUAAUGUAUAAAACAAACAUUUAUAUCCUUAUGUAUUAAAAUUCCUUCCUUCAGGGAUAGCCUGAGGAACUGAGGCAGAUAGUAGUGAUGAUGAGAGAUGAAUUUCUAGGCCUUAUAGACAAAAUAAAAACUGACAAAUUGCUGGGUCCAGCUGACAUCAACCCAAAAAUUUUCAAAGAAUUCAAAUGUGGAAUUGCUGAGCUUCUAACAAAAAUAUGCUACUUGUCAAUAAAAUCAGCCUCCAUACCUGGGGACUAGUCACACUUCUCUGAAGUCUCUCAGCCUCACUCACCUCUCAGAAUGUUUGCUGUGGGGGAGGAGGGGAAAGGAAAUGGUUAGCUGCUUUGAGACUCCUUAAGGGGAGUGAAGGGCAGGAUAUCAAGUCCAAACUCCUCCUCCUCCUCCUCCUCCUCCUCUUCUUCUUCUUCUUCUUCUUCUUCUUCUUCUUCUUCUUCUUCUUCUUCUGCCUAAUUGCUGCAGUGUACAUGGCAAAGCUUUCACUCUGUUGUGAGGGAAAUGCCUUCUUUUAGAGGCUGCCACCACGUUCCAGGAAGGUUUUCUAAAACUAGCCAAAACAUUAAAUCAAAGGGGUAAUUCUGAAAAAUGGAAGCUAUCAGAGAGGUGCCAGAGUGAUGCUGAAAACCCUUCCCAGGGUUCCCAUUAUCCGUGAUGGGGAGUGAAAGCCAGAAAUAUCCAACAGCACACAUUACUCAUAGCUAAAGACAGGUCUAAUUAACAGCAUCAGCUAAACAUUCACAGGCUUUCAGAGUAUUAGCAAUUCUCUCUCAGUUGGAAGAAUAAUAGGGGAGCCGAGAAACAACCAUCUGCCAGCAUCAGGUACAAAGUGAACAGUUUAAACUGCAAUUAAUGCCUGCUUCCAAAGUAUGGGCAGCACAGUGAUAGAUACCCACUGGCAUGGGCAGAAGGCAAGAGCACAUGAUUCUAAAGCUCACACCAGGCUUUCCCAUAUAAUGCCAAAUAGCAUCUGAACCAGCUCUUAAGUAUGCUUACAGUAGCUGGAUUUGUUGUACCGUAUUAGCCCAAAUAUAAGCCACACUUUUCCCCCAAAUUCCGACAGGGAAAAGUUAAUGUGCAGCUUAUAUCCGCCACCAUACACCACCAAAGCGGCACAGCUUUCUGCCCCCACCCCCGGAAGCAGCCUGGGAGUGUGGGGCAAUGGCGCACCGCUCCCAAGCCUCCCCUGAGCUGUCGGGGGGGGAGGCCGCCAGCAAAGCUGCAUAGCUGCCUCCUGGCACUACCUCCCCAAGCCUGCACUGGCUGCCCCCUGUUCAGGGCAGUAGUGGCGGGAGGAGGGCGUACAGCAUGCUCGAAACUGGGUGUCAGCACCAGCUUGGGCAGCGGGGCACCAAGCGUGGCCACCGCCCAUCCCUCAGCAGUACCACCCUGGACGGGGGCAGCCAGCACUGGCUUGGGGAGGUAAUGCCGGGAAGCAGUAGUACCAGGAGGCAGGCGCACAGCACGAUCGGAACUGGGCGCCCCCCCAUCCCCCAUUCAGGGUGGGAGUGCCAGGAGGCGGGCCGCACCCACAAAUAAGCCUUUAAAAUUCAAGGUGCGGGUUAUUUGCAGGUGCGUCUUAUAUUCGGGCCAAUACGGUAUAUUGGAGUUGGUAUAAUCAGGUGAAGUCAAGUGCAAGAAUCCAGGCCAAAUGUCCCACUGUUUUUCAAUGAGAUCUGUGUCAUUAUUGUUGGGGAAGUCUCUUUCUUUUCUGGAAAACAGAAGCAUCAAUUAGCUCAUGCACUCUUACUACAAAAUUAACCUUGCUCAUUAUAUUCAGGGAGCUACAGGAAGAAAGUGGACUGAUGGUGGACACCUUGCAGAAGAUGGGACAAAUAACUUUUGAGUUUGUGGGCAACACUGAGCUGAUGGAAGUCCAUAUUUUCCGCACCGACAGUUUUCAAGGAGACCCCACAGAAAGCGAUGGUAGGAAUGUGGUUGGGAGUGGAAGAAUCAUAGGAAUACUUGCCCUUUUAAUUCCUUUCUACUUUCCCCAAUCUUACAAGUAUGAAGUGCUGGAUCUUUCAGAUAAAGAAUUCCACCCACCCACCUCCAGGGUUACUGGGGACACGGGAUGGUUUCAUCUUUCCAUCACCCAACCAGCUCCCAUAAUUAUUUGGCUAGAACUUGUGAGGAGUAAGGCUGCAUCGUGCAUUAAAUGAGCACACCUUUAACGGCUCAGAAAAGUUGUCCAGUUAUUGCAGACUGUGUAGGGUGGGAGGAGUGGCUACAAACCAUCAUAGCUGUGUUCUGUCUCCGAGGUCGGAGGCAGUAAGUGGUUCUGAAUGCCAGUUGGUGGAAACCACAGGAGGGAAGGGGGGGCCCUUUCUAGAGGCCAACCAAUUUGAACACCAGGAUCCGCUGUUUUGUAGAAAGUGGUUUGAGAGAGAUGUAGCAUGUCCCCUGGUAUGUGCAUACAAUUUUCCUUUGUUUGGCUUUGUUUCUGGUGAAACAAUUUUUUUUAAAUCAAUCCACAAACUUAGCAGACGUGGGGCGAGUGCAGAGACCAUAAAUAAUUUAAAGAAGAUCUGUUUUGGUCCUUAAUCCUUCUUCCCUUGUGUGCAUGUUCCCGCUUCCCUGCAGAAAUGCGUCCACAAUGGUUUGACCUGGACCAGGUGCCUUUCAAGAACAUGUGGCCAGAUGAUAUCUACUGGUUUCCUCUUCUGCUCCAGAAGAAGAAGUUCCUUGGCUACUUUAAGUUCCAGGGGCAGGACACUAUCUUAGAAUACACCCUGAAAGAAGUGGAGAAGAUAUAAGAGCAGACCAAGGACGUUAAGCACUUCACGGUUGAGAUGUGAACCAUUGGCCAUAUUGGCCGAGAAGCAAGCAGUUAAGAACUUGACACAAAUGACCCUUUCCAUCAGCUCCACGGCGAAGGAAACAACUCUCUCCCGCAAGUGCGAGGCUAGCGACAAAGCAGGGCAGCUGUUCUCUUGCAGGAGACAAAGGGCAACACUUCUUAGGCAUGCACAACUGCCUAACUGCUGACUGUUCCUAUUUCAACAUAUAGGCCAACAAUUUCACUUUGCAGCAAAAGCCGGGUUAGUGCCUUCUUUAAAUAGUGUUGUCUUUCUGUAUCGUGUUUAGGGUCCAGCUCCUCCGUUCUUGAGUAGAUGUUAAACUGGUUGCACGUUAGUGGCUUAGCUUUUUUUCUCCUUCCCGGUAGUGGUUAUGGACAGAAGCUACACAUCCCAAAGGCGACCACUUCUAUGCAGAAGUUUUAUUGACUGUAAUGGCAAGCAGGAGAGAGACUAGUGAGUCGCUUCAGGGCAUGAGGCAUCAUUUCCAGGUGUAGUUCGUGUUAAAAAUAAAAGUCCCAAUAUACUGUUUUUCUCAGUGCGGCCAACUGGAGGAUUUCAAAACACCUAAGUUGUUCUUGUUGCUGAGUCGUUUAGUCAUGUCCGACUCUUCGUGACCCCAUGGACCAGAGCACGCCAGGCACUCCUGUCUUCCACUGCCUCCCGCAGUUUGGUCAACCUCAUGCUGGUAGCUUCGAGAACACUGCCCAACCAUCCCGUCCUCUGUCAUCCCCUUCUCCUUGUGCCCUCCAUCUUUCCCAACAUCAGGGUCUUUUCCAGGGAGUCUUCUCUUCUCAUGAGGUGGCCAAAGUAUUGAAGCCUCAGCUUCAGGAUCUGUCCUUCCAGUGAGCACUAGCAGUGCUCCUACUAGCAGUGCAUAAAAGACACCCAGCCCUCUCCCGCUCU